UUGAAAUUCAAUUCACCCAACGACAACACAAACAACAUGGAAGCUAUGUUCUGAAUGUGUGGAUGGCUUUCUGUGAACUAACCAUGAUUACAUCGUCAUAAAAUAUAGCCUCAUUUGAAAGACUGGCUCAUUCUGAGCCUGCUAUUCUGAAGGAAGAUAUAGUGACUUUCUCAGUAUGAACAGCUUGUCAUUCUCCGAACUUUGCUGCCUGUUUUGUUGUCCACCAUGUCCGUCAUCCAUUGCCUCAAAACUGGCCUUCCUCCCUCCAGAGCCAACAUAUACGAUGCAAGAACUCGGCGAUGGUACCUGGGCUCUUCACCUCAGUGAACGUGCCGAAUGGCAAUAUGGACAGAGGGAGUUAGAUUGGAUAGAAGUCUUUAAGACAAGAAGCAAUCGAGGAAAUCAGGUGGCUUGUAUGUACGUAAGAUGCUCAUCAACUGCGCGCUUUACGAUUAUCUUCAGCCAUGGCAAUGCAGUCGAUCUAGGGCAAAUGAGCAGUUUUUAUGUUGGACUCGGAAUGCGGAUAAACUGCAAUAUCUUUUCUUACGACUAUUCUGGGUAUGGGGCAAGCACCGGGAAACCAUCAGAGAAGAACAUUUAUUCUGAUAUUGAAGCGGCCUGGAGCGCUCUUCGCUCUAGGUACGGAAUCAGCCCUGAGAAUAUUAUUUUAUACGGGCAGAGUAUUGGAACUGUCCCCACUAUCGAUCUUGCCUCACACUUUGAAUGUGCUGGUGUAAUACUUCACUCACCGUUGACAUCUGGAAUGAGAGUUGCCUUUCCUGAUACAAAAAAGACAUAUUGCUUCGACGCAUUUCCUAGCAUUGAGAAAGUUUCAAAGGUUGUUUCUCCUGUCCUUGUCAUCCAUGGCACAGAAGAUGAAGUUAUUGACUUUUCCCAUGGUCUUGGAAUCUAUGAGCGAUGUCCGAGAGCAGUUGAACCACUCUGGGUUGAAGGGGCAGGACAUAAUGAUGUUGAGCUGUAUGGCCAAUAUCUUGAAAGGCUCAAGCAGUUUGUACAAUUUGAACUUGUAAUUGAAUAGGUUUACCUUGAAAAUUGCUAUCAAUGAAUAUUUUCUUUAUAAGGUGAUACAAAAUAGCCAUGUAUCUUGUACACCAUGCACCUAUAAAGGUAAUCAAGGGUACAAAGUACUUCAGUUCAUAAAAAAAUUGUGAUAUAAUGGUAAUUUUUCAAAUUUGCAGUCUAUUGGACGUUGUGGCAUAUUGAAGUAUAUAAUAUUCUUCUUACAUCUUUGCUUGAUAAAGAUGUUUCUUUUUUCCUCGUGUAGGUUUGAACAUUUGAGUUCAGUUUGUCUUUGCAUAAACUGUUUCAUUGACUGUUUUACCAUUGAUAACAUUAUGUGAUGUAUAUAUCAAAAUAUCUAACCAAUAAUUAACAGCAAAAGAACCUUUUGUGAUUAUGCAGGUCUUUUUUCUUCUGUUUAUCAGUCUUUAAAUGGUCAAUAAUCCCAUCUUUACACUUACUGACUUUUCAUCUCAUUAAUCCAGUCUGUCUUGUUGUUGUUUUACCUUGGAGGAUGUUUAUGUUUAUUGAAUUUCUGAUUGAUGUAAGUGUAAAAACCCCUUGAAUCUUCUUUUAUGAAAUCACUGUAAGGUUUCUGUUUGACAUUUUAGACUUUUAGUAUUUUCCAACUUUCUACAUCUCAUUGUUUUAGAAAAACCAUGCACUUUCCUUCAGAUUUUAAAUGAUCAAUUUUCUGAAUAAUUCAACUAGAGCCAAUUAUUUUUGAAGAGCCUGUUUGGAUUUUGUGACUUGGAGACAGAAAACUGGUCCUCCUUCUCCCCCCAGUAAUACAUUUAAUUAUAAUCCAUAAAAAUGUGUUUAGUAUCUUCUAGAAAAUGAAUUUUUCAUUUACCUGUUGCUGCAACCAGUUUUUACAUUAUUGAAAAUGAUCCCAACUAAUGCCACAAAUUAUACUUUAGAAGAAACAAUUUUUGAUAAUUACCUGGAAAGUGCAUGUCUGAUAAUUUUAGCAAUACCUGUUAAUGUUGCAGUUGUUUGUAGUAAAUUAGUUUGUUUUCUAUUUUUGUGUUUUAUUGAUUUUUGCAAUAUGCUGCUGGUGCUACUGUUAAGCAGAAAACAUAUUUUCCGAUAAAAUUAUAAUCACGCACAAGGUUAAUAGUUGUAAGACAGAAUUCUUCCCUCCUUGAGAUUUCUUUGUUGAUCACUGAUAUCUGGAUCAGCAUUUCUAACUUUAAGCAUGAACUGUUGUUUUGCUUUUGCAAGAUACUCCCAUAACAAUAUUUUGGGAUUAUUUUAGCUUUAGAACAGUUUUCAAAUUUGCACAGAAGUUAACCACCAAUUAUAUAAUUCUAAGAAUUUUUACACUGCCGUCUGUUAACCCUCAAGGUAUUUUCUGGCCAAUCUUCUCUAAAAAUCUUUAGGAAUUGACUGCAUGCUGAUACUCCAUUAGGUAAUAUCAGUCAUUGGGAAGUUCCGUUUCCUAUUUUGUACCUUGUUCUGUAAGCUGUUAGAUGUCAAACUAUGAGAGAUAAUGUGUAUGUGGAUCUUGAUUUUCAAUUCUGUUUAGCCAUGUGUCCUAUCUAUUACAGGUAGAAACUAAAUUUUAGACUUUUUGAUAUACUUAUAAAUGCAAAAUUGUGGAAGAUACAUUUUACUGUUA